GUUAAUUGUAAAAGAACAGUAAAUGAAUUUCUCGAUGUUUUCAAUGAAGCCGGAUUUUAACCCCUUUUCACCUGGGUUUGUAAUUUAUCCAUUGUGUCUGUAGAUGGCAAAAAUUUUUCAGAAAAGGCUUCCACCUAUGUGGCUCUGCCGUUUCACAAAUAGAAUUUUCCAUGACUAGUGCUGAAAUGAAUCGAUGAAUGGACUGGAACUUAUGGAUAAUUUCAGUUGAUAAUCGGCUUUGAUCCCCAUAGGAUUUUUCCUACCACAUGAACGCCUGAACCAAAAAUGGAUCUUCAGACAGCUGUUUCUGAGGAUUUUGAAGCAAAAAGUUUCGACCGGUACGAAGAUGAUGACUACCCUACACCCCCACCGACUCACCCGAGAAAGAAAAUUAAUUCUGUAAAAUACUCACUGAAAUUGAUCAACACCGUCAACACACUUCUAGGCAUCACGUUUUUGUUUACGACGGUUAUUUUGGUCGUGAAGAGAGAACAUAGCUACUUUUUUGUCCAGAGGGAGACUAGCCGUGUGCUAAACACUUUCAUGGUAGUGAACGCAGUCGUCGUAAAUUUGUACUCGAUCAUUGGAAUCGUCAUAAUCGGUCCGAAGGUGAGAAAAAGCGCUGUAUUUCUUCUCGCGUUGUCCGGCACAGUGCUAUUCUUUGGCUUACUUCUCGUCGGAUCCCGUCUUCCAUCAAACGAGAGGUUGAUGCGGGAAUCUCGCUACGCGAUGUACGAAUCUCUCGGAGACUAUUCGAACAACAAAGUGUACAGGUUCCUGUGGGACUACGUGCAGUACAACUUCCACUGCUGUGGCGUCUUGACCUACAGGGAUUGGUGUAAGGACAGCGAUCUCACCAACUGCACCAUUGCCGACAGCUGCGGUUUCUGUAAUUCGACUUCUGAAGGAAGAACAUUCAACGGCACUGCACAGUUGUAUCACGUAACGGGCUGCCUGGCAAAAGUAAAUGUCUACUUGGUGAAUGCCCUCAAUUUUUAUAAAAGUCUUAACUUUUUGAUGAUCUCGCUUCUGGGACUGUCUGCCCUGCUAUCUGUAGCAAUGUUUUUUCGAAAAUUCAAACCCAAAGAAGAAAAAGAGUUUAGGUACAAAUGAUAUAUUACGAUGGUAAAUAUUAUUCAUAAAUGAGAGCGCUGUUCAUGCUAUCUUACACCAAAUAGAAUGC